AAUUUAUUGGUCAUCAUUAUCUGAAACAGUGGAUUUUAAUCCCAGAGUAUAUGUAGAAUUUGUAAUUAAUUAUUGUCCCAAUCUUUGGUUUGUUUCAAUUUAUAUCAAAGAUAAUUCAUUAACUGAAUUGGAAGUUUUAUUAUCAAAUUUAAAAAAGCUUGAAGGUAUAGAAAUUCAAGUAGAUGGUAAAACUGAUACCACAAAAUUAUUUGAUAUCCUAUGUACCAAAUCACCUUCAAUUUUAAAUUAUUUAAUUUUUGUGGAUAAUCAUUGUGAUUGGAUGGUUUUACCUGAAAUGUUAGAAUCCUUUUUUUUGGAAUGGGGAAAGAAACGAAAAAAAAAUAUGUUGAAAAUUUAUUUUCAAUGGGAUAUCAUUGAUGUUGAGAAUUAUAAAAUUAUUAAAAAAUAUAAUCAAAAAGGUGUCAUUCAAGAAUAUGCAUUUGAUUUUGAUAACAUUUUUCAAAUUGAAGAAAUAAGAAAUAGAUUUGGAUAUUAUUUUUAUGGUGCUGAAUCUGAAGUAACUCAUGUUACGUCUUCCUCUCUUCGUUAUAACUUCGCAUAUGCUCUAAUUACGAUUGGUGGUUUUAUAUCUUUGGUUAGCUUCUUUGGUUGUUAUGGAGCAGCAAAUGAAAAAAUAAGUUUUUUACAAAUAUAUGUAUCAUUAUUGUUCUCGUUAAUAGUUUCUCAGAUAGAACCCCACCUCAUACUUAAUGUGGAAAAUUAUUUUCAAUGUUGUGGAUUUAAUUCAAUUAAUGAUAGAGUAGUUGAACCUUGUAGAUUUUAUGAUUCAUGUCAUGAAAUGAUGAAAGAUCCUUUAAUAUAUAGUUUACAAACAAUCGGAAUUGUGGGUGUCGUAUUGGGAAUAUUGGAAGUACUUCAUUAUUCCGAAGAAGGAAUAGAAGAAAGACAAGCUUUAUUGACUAGAGGGGGAGAAGAAACGCGUGAAAAUAUUUAUCAAC